CUCAUUCUUUCAAAUUCCUCAUAUCUCCAUUACCAAUUCUCAACCAACAUUCCAAUAAGAACAAGGAGGAGAAAGAAAGAAAGAAAGAAUGGGAGGGAUAUCGGAUCACGAUAUUCCGGAGCUCAGCCUCCGACUCGGCAGCGGCAGCAGCGGCAGCGACAACAACGAUAACAACUGUGUCAAAACUAGCAGGGAGAAGAGAUGGUCUCGCGAAAACAAAGACGGAUAUCGGCAGUCGUCCCUGCCGCAGCAGCAGCAGCAGCAGCAGCAGCAGCAGCAGCAGCAGCAGCGGGCGGAGAAUAAGAUCACGAUCUUCUACGACGGCCAGAUUUGCGUCUGCGACGUGACGGAGAUUCAGGCGCGAGCUAUUAUAUCGAUGGCGAGGCGAGAAAUGGAGGAAAAAGAAAAUAGAAAUAGCAGCAAAAGCAACUGCAACCAAAUUCAACAAUACCAACAACAAUCACAGCUACAGCAAAGGAAAAAUCUGGCUCCGAAUCUGCAAAAUUCACAGUUAUCGAAUUCGGGGCUUUCGAUGAAGCGGUCGCUGCAACGGUUUCUUCAGAAGAGAAAAACAAGAAUAAAUGCAAUCUCUCCCUAUAACCAUAGAUAGCAAUGUUACUUAGAUUUUUUUUUUCCCCCUCCUUUUUCUUUUUUUUGAUUAUUUUUGGGUUGUUUAGAUACUUGUUUUAGCUGAUUGUGAUUUGAUGAAUAUAUACUAGAAAUUAAUAGAGUCAGGCAUUAGUUAGUAUCCUAAAAUAUCGUAUGUAAUUUGGGGUUGUUUGGAAACUUUGUAAAAACAUAGUAUUUUUGACAAAAUAUUUUGUUUUGAAGUAA